CUUAUGCAUGUGAAAUGUGGUAUGAUGGUUGAUGCACGUAAGCUGUUUGAUGAAAUGCCGGAGAAGAAUUUGGUUUCAUGGAACACCAUUAUUGCCGGCUUAGUGGAAUCAGGGAAUUAUGAAGAAGCAUUUCGGUUGUUUCUAAUUAUGUGGGAGGAGUAUUCUGAUGGUGGAUCUCGCAGGUUUGCAACGAUGAUUCGGGCAUCUGCUGGACUAGGGUUCAUAGCUGUGGGAAGACAGUUGCACUCGUGUGCAAUGAAGAUGGGUGUAGGUGAUGAUAUUUUUGUGUCUUGUGGAUUGAUUGAUAUGUAUAGCAAGUGUGGAAGCAUUGAAGAUGCUCAAUGUGUUUUUGAUCUGAUGCCGGAGAAGACUACAGUAGGAUGGAAUUCUAUUAUAGCAGGCUAUGCUCUCCAUGGUUACAGUGAGGAAGCUCUGAGUAUGUAUCAAGAGAUGCGUGACUCUGGUGUUAAUAUGGACCAUUUCACGUUUUCAAUCAUUAUAAGAAUUUGCACGAGAUUAGCUUCACUUGAACAUGCUAAGCAAGCUCAUGCAGCUCUGAUUCGUCAUGGUUUUGGGUCAGAUAUAGUUGCAAACACGGCACUAAUGGAUUUCUACAGUAAAUGGGGAAGAGUAGAAGAUGCUCGGCGUAUUUUUGACAAGAUGCCCCGCAAGAACAUCAUAUCUUGGAAUGCAUUAAUUGCUGGAUAUGCUAAUCACGGACAGGGAACUGAUGCUGUUGAAAUGUUUGAGCAAAUGCUUCGUGAGAAAAUGACUCCAAACCAUGUAACUUUUCUUGCUGUUUUAUCAGCUUGUAGCUCUUCAGGAUUAUCUGAACUAGGCUGGGAAAUUUUUCAGUCAAUGAAUAGAGACCAUAAAAUCAAGCCCCGGGCGAUGCAUUAUGCAUGUAUGAUUGAAUUAUUAGGUAGAGAAGGGCUUUUGGAUGAAGCUUUUGCAGUGAUCCGGAGUUCACCUUUCAAGCCUACCACAAAUAUGUGGGCAGCAUUGCUAACUGCUUGUCGGGUCCACGGGAACUUAGAACUUGGGAAAUUCGCUGCUGAAAAGCUCUACGGAAUGGAACCCGAAAAGCUUAGUAACUAUGUUUUGCUUUUGAAUAUAUACAACAGGUCUGGCAAGUUAAAAGAAGCGGCUGCUGUUAUGCAGACUCUAAAGAGAAAAGGUUUGAGAAUGCUUCCUGCUUGCAGUUGGAUUGAAGUUAAGAAACAGCCGCAUGUUUUUCUUUCUGGAGAUAAGUCUCACGUCCAAACAGUCGAGAUUUACAAGAAAGUAGACGACUUAAUACUUGAAAUUUCGGAGUAUGGUUAUGUUCCUGAGGCGAAAACCUUGCUUCCUGAUGUAGAUGAACAGGAAGAGCGUAUAUUGUUAUACCACAGUGAGAAACUUGCAAUAGCAUUCGGGCUCAUCAACACCUCUGGUUGGACACCUUUGCAAAUUGUACAGGAGCCAUCGCAUUUAAACGUCUUAACCUACUCAUCAUAA